AUGACACCGGAAGAAAUAAAUCGAAUGGAACCAAAUGGAUCUACUGCACUUCAUGUUGCGGCAUAUCGAGGACAUGAAAAACUUGUUGAACUAUUACUUGGAAAAGGUGCGAAUUAUUUAACAGUAAAUAAAUAUCAAAAUACUCCACUUGAUGAAGCAAAAACCGCUAAAAUAAAGCAGUUAAUUCGCCGUCGAAUGAAUCAGAAGCGUUUCGUGAGUGACUCCAUUGAGUGGAUUCUUCAAACAGACAAUGCUGAUUAUCAAGCACAUGAAUAUUUUAAAAAAUUUGAAUCUUAUGGUAAAGAUCGACACUUUUAUAAAUUGAUUGCUUAUAUAAGAAAAAAUUAUCUUGAAAAUGAAUUGCAAGAUAUAGAUGGUAUCAAUAUUAUAAAAGAAUAUUUUGACAAAGCAAUCAAUGAAAAAGAUCCAACUUACUUAUUAACAGCAUAUACAGCUGAAACAGAUUUUUAUACAACAUUAAAUAUUGAUUUAGCUAAAAUACAGCUUGAAAAUUUAACUACCAAAGAAAAUCUUAGUCGAACAUACUAUAUUGGAAUAAUUGCUUGUCAUCCAAAAUUCGAAACUUUAUCAUUUAUUGGAAAAGUAUUUCGUGGUAUGCUGAUUACUAAGAAUGAUGUAAAAAAAUACAAAGUUGGUUCACGUAUAUUAACUAAAACAUUUUCGUCGACAUCAAAACAAAAAGAUGUUGCAUCAACUUUUCAUAAAAACAAAAAGACUGAUACGCAUGAUCGAUUGAGUACUUUAUGUAUAUAUCAUGUACGUAAUCCAAGGACGGCAUUAGAUAUCCAACGUAUAUCAUUAUUUGAAUAUGAAGAAGAAGUAUUAAUUCUACCAUAUUCAGCAUUUAAAAUAAUCGAUAUUCAACAAAAUGAAAACAAUUCACCACAAGUUGAAAUAAAAUUGAAAGAAUGUGAGAAAUGGGAUGAUGAUGCUGAUUGA